UCAUUUAAAAAUGCAAUCAUAUUGAAUAGCAGUUAGUUAGGCCUGCAUUUUUGAUUUUGGUUGUCGUAUUUCUUGUUUGCGUCAGUCUUUUUCUACCUUACAAAUGUUAGGAUAGAGUAAUUUUUAGGGUAAAGUACACCGGAAGUUGCAAUUUAACGGCUAAUCGUCUCUCGCCUCGGCCUGUCUCAGAAGAAUUCGCUACGUUAUGGCCUAUGGGACAUAGCCUUGGACCAGUUUCUCUUAAUUGAUGUAAUGUUGAUGUUUAAACCUAUAAAUGAUAAGCAAACCAAUAAAAAAAAAAAAAAGUUUCUCUUAAUGGCUUCACCCUUCAGUUAAUAACUGAAGCUUAUUUAAAACCAGGUUGGAUUUUUGAGAUUUUUUUAUUAAGAUGAAUUUUGCCAUUGUUUUGGAAAGAUUCAUACGUUGUUCGUUAUCACUGCGCGUGCAAGCUUCUCAUCCCUGGCGACUGCAUACCAGUAUCAAUACCAGAUUCAUAGAUCCUUUUGGAUGCUACGGUUGCGCACGCAAUGUAUCGGCAGCGUCGUCAUCAGUCUCUAGCGGUAGAAGUGGCUGUGAUCCCUUACAACUCUACCAAGAACGUGUGCAGCGGGGUUUACUUAAAGAGGACCAGGACCAGAAAAAAGUUCUCAGGAAAUAUCAGCAUCUCGCAUCCGAACUGCAGACCUAUCAAGCUGCGGAGCCGUCCAAAGGCGGACUUUUUGCGUCUUUAUUCGGCUCUUCCAAACCGGAGAUAGAUGUUCCCAGAGGAAUGUACGUUUAUGGAACUGUUGGCACGGGAAAAACGAUGUUGAUGGACAUGUUUUAUGACUGCGUGGAUUAUCCCAAAAAGCGCCGUGUCCAUUUUAAUGCGUUUAUGCUUGAUGUACACAACAGAAUUCACAUAUUCAAGCAAAGCCUGCCGAGGACAACCGACAUGAGAAAAGGUCUGUCGUAUGACCCAAUUGCAGCAGUGGCACAGCAGUUAUCCGAGCAAGACAAACUUUUGUGCUUUGAUGAAUUUCAGGUGACCGAUAUUGCGGAUGCCAUGAUCUUGAAACGGCUGUUUACGUUAUUGUUUGAAAGCGGAGUAGUGGUUGUGGCCACAUCGAAUCGACCGCCUGAUGAUCUGUACAAGAAUGGCUUGCAAAGAGCGGCAUUUGUUCCGUUUAUUGGAAUACUGAAAAAUUACUGCAAAGUGUUAUCGCUCAAUACCGGCAUUGACUACCGAACGAUUUCCAUGGGAGGGAACAGGAAGUCUAAUUAUUUUUUAAAAUCGGAUGCAGACGCAACGAAGAAUGUGGAUAGAAUAUUUAAGACCUUGACCGCAACGCAGACCGAUACCGUGCGUCCAAAGCGAUUAAGAAUUAAAGGCCGGGAAGUGGAUUUUGCUAAAACUUGUGGAAAAAUUCUUGACACGACAUUCGAUGAAAUGUGCGGCAGACCAUUGGGGACCAUCGACUAUGUGUAUUUAUGCCAAAUAUUCGACACCUUCAUUAUUCGGGAUGUCCCUGUUUUGUCGCUGAAAAAGCGUGAUCAACUACGAAGGUUUAUCUCCCUAAUCGAUACUCUCUAUGAUCAGCGAAGUAAGCUCGUUAUCCUUGCGGAUGCUCUCCCGAAGGAAUUAUUUUUAACCACCGAAGAAAGUGGCGAAAGCCAUUCAUUAUUAAUGGACGAUCUCGGCAUCAAACACGGAGACGAGAAUUCGAAAGCGAGCGUUUUCACUGGUCAAGAAGAGAUUUUUGCUAUUGAUCGAACGACCUCUAGGCUACAUGAAAUGGGAACAGAAGAGUACUGGAGAAAAGUAUCUGGAAACUAGUUUAGUAAUUACCAGAUGUUUUGUGAUUAUCCCUCUUGACGCGCGGGAUGUAUUUUACAAGAUUGCUUAUUUCUGUUUUGCUGCCCUAGUCGACUGAAGCCUUUGCAAAGCAUACGAGUAUGCAGAAGUCUGGAUAAUUCAGAAGUACAGAUAAUUUAUAUUAACAUAGUAGUGGAAAAAAGAAUGUAAUGACGAAUAUCGCAGGCUGCGCAAUACUGGCUAUAAUAAGAAAACCGUAAAAAUACUGGCAAUAAAA